CAGCCCCUCCCUCCCCCAUAACAUACCAAAACACGGCGCAAGAUUUUCAAUGCUACUUUCCUCCUCGUCGCUGUUCUUGGGUUCCGCAGUUCCCCUGGAGUCUUCUGCUUUAUCUUCAUCUUCCUGUUCGGCUCCUUCGCGGCGAGCUCCUUCGUUCCUUCUUCGCCGAGCUCCGCGAGCUCAAACCGUCGUUCGCUUCUCUCGGGCGGGUGACGCCUCGGAGGAGUUACUUUGGGCGAAGAGGACGGCUCGUUCCUCCCCCCCCCUACCCACCAUUUUUCCGAACUUCACGGCCUGAAUCCGGAGUAGUGCGAAUUCGGUGAGGACUUUUUCGGUUUUGGGUCGCGGCGGGAGGGUGAAAAUAUAUAAAAGAAGGGAAAAGAUUCGUGGCGAAUCCCACCUGCGCGGCACUGCACGUUGCGCACGAACCUCGUCUCUUCGUACGUGCGGAGUGGAAGGCGUAGAUUCACGUCCCGGUUGGGUGGAGGAACGCGAGGAAUCGAUUCUCUCGCGUCUUGCUCUUGAAGACAUUGAAGCUUCUCUGCUCCUCUGGUUCUCGGUGCUCCUUUUGGGUAUUAAAGAGAACGAAGUCCCGGCAGCGUUUCUGAGGCGUCUACAGUUGCUCGGUCCGCUCUCGGCCUGUUCAAGAACGUAAAAAGUUCGGUCUUUCGGAGCUCUUCAGGCUAUUGUGUUGGUUUGGAACUCUUUCUGAAGUCCGUCCGUUGCUUCACAUGUUCUCGUUUUUUUUUUUUUCCCUUGGGAAAGCUCCAUUUUAUCCUGGCGUGGAUGGUGCGCAUUUUUUUCGUUUCUUUCUCGGAGGAGGAUGAGCAGUGAAAGUCUCGUGUUCGUGGGUCUGCGAAACUGAAGCAUGGAACACGCUCGAGCAGUGAACUCUGUCCUUUUUGCCAGUUUCAGACACAAAUGAGCAAGUGUUGAGCAAGCAAAGACGUUGGUUCUGGUCUAAAGUUUUAGUUUUAGUUUUUUUUUUUCCGUCUGCAAAAAUGGCCGUGAGUAUCUUUCCUCUGGAAAUCAGAAAAGCCGUGAGAUUGUUGUUGCUUCUGAUGCUUUGCUUACAGAGUUUAACUGUGGAGUGCCAAAACAGGACGUUCAGGCACUUGUCGACUGAGCCUCCAUCAUCUUCCAAGGCACCUGAGUUCAAGACUGCGAUUAGGAGAGUGGUCCUCAGUGUUGUGUUGGGAAUGUUGACUGGAGCAAUCUCAGCCCUUCUUGUGGCCUGUCUGGUUAAAUCCUUUAUUCUGUACAUCCACAGGACCCCAAUCCUCAAAGGGCCAGUUGUGUUUUCCCCAAAAGUCUCACCCAAAACCCUCCAGAUGGCCCUCGAGAACGAAAGCCAGUUGCUCGGAUCUAGUCCGAAUGGGCAGUAUCAUAGGACUGCCCUCGAUAAUGGGCUCGUAAUUGCGGUCAAGCGGCUUGAGCAAAUUGAGGGCGGUUGGCCGGGUGCGCAAAGCAAAUUGGCCAAGAGAAGGAUCCAGAAGGAGCUGGAAGUCCUCGCGGGGUUGAGGCACGUGAAUUUGAUGAGCUUGAGGGCUUACGUUUGCGAGCCAAAUGGGUUGUCGCUCAUUUAUGAUUAUGUGCCGACCGGAAGCCUUGAGGACUUGAUGAAGAGGGUUCGGGAGAAUCAGCUGCAGCUCAAGUGGGAAGCUAGGCUCGGGAUUGCUGUUGGGGUGAUUAAAGCGCUUCAGUAUCUUCACUUUGUGUGCAGCCCUCCAGUCUUGCACUGUGACCUAAAGCCCGCAAAUGUCUUGUUGGAUGCUGAGUUUAGUCCGAGGCUGGCGGACUGUGGAUUGGCGAGGCUCGUGCCUAGUUUUCAUCGGACGUCUGAAUAUAGCGCUCCAGAGUGCAUCAGGGAUUCCAGGUACACUGACAAGAGCGACAUUUUCAGCUUCGGCAUGAUACUGGGGGUUCUUUUGACUGGUAGAGAUCCCAUGGACCCAUUCUUCAGUGAAGCGUCCAGCCGGGGAAGCCUGGGGCGCUGGCUUCGCCAGUUGCAACAGGCUGGGGAGGCGAGAGAAGCUCUGGAUAAGAGCCUUCUCGGGGAAGAAGCGGAGGAGGAUGAUAUGCUGAUGGCGGUUAGGAUCGCCGUCAUUUGCCUCUCCGAUUUCCCUGCCGAUAGGCCUUCUAGCGACGAGCUUGUCCCAAUGCUGACCCAACUGCACAGCUUUUGACCUCAGAAAAAAGAGAAGUAAUGGAAAAUGUAAGUAUCAGAUUUUUGGUUUCCCCAGCGCUUGACAGAAUUGAAAGACAGUAUGAAGAAUCUGCUCCGCCCUCCGGAUAAAUGGCUUAAGGUUCGCGUUGAAUUAUACUCUCAAUUAACUUAAAACAGAGCUGAUGAUAUGUUUGUUCUGUCCUGAUGGGAUGUGUUCUUUUUCCUGGUAUUUGGUUUAGUAGUUCAUAGCAUGUGAUGUUCUGAUCAUUGUCUGUACUGCUGCUGGUCAAGCCUUGUUACUUACUACUCCGGGUUCUGUAAUUCUUUAAUUGAGAGUUUGACGUAGUGUCUAUAUAAUAUACGAAUAUUGGCAUUCUAUGUCAGUUUUGUCAUAUAGCUUCGGCUAGUCUCGUCUUGCCCAUCUCUGUACCUGUGCCUUUGGAAGAAACUGCAUAUGGAAAAUUAUAGGUGCUGUGAUGUUGA